GCCCACGGCCUUGACAGUGAUCACCUCAAUGCCACAGAGAUAAAAGUGUUGGAACUACGGCGUUAUUGAAGGAAUUGUGUGCGUCGGCUGCUAGCUCAGUGCUGCGGCUGCCGGUAGAGAGGGAGGUUGUGCUCAUCCCUUUGAUCCUGUGACACGCUGUAGGACCUUAACAUGUGCGAGAUGACCUUUGACACGGGGAAUCCUGCCCUCAAUAAGCUGGUGGAGGAGUGGCUCAAGCGGGACAAGAAUGAGAAGACCCGCGAGGAACUCAAGGACCUCGUGGCUCAGGGCGAGAUCGGGGAGGUGGAGCGACUCUUGGGAAGCCGCAUGGUCUUCGGCACGGCGGGGCUUCGAGGGCGUAUGGGAACAGGCUAUGCCCAGAUGAACGACCUCGUGAUUAUCCAGACCUCGCAGGGCCUCGGCAAGUACCUAGUGAAGGUGAACCCGGAAGCCAAGAACAAGGGCAUCGUGAUAGGCCAUGACAGCCGGCACAACAGUCACAGGUUUGCCCGGCUAGCAGCGGCGGCCUUCCUCAGCGCUGGGGUGCCCGUGUUCCUCUACAGCAAGAUCGUGCCCACCCCCUUCGUGCCCUUCGGAGUGCUGCAGCUCGGGGCGGCCGCGGGGGUCAUGGUCACUGCCUCCCACAACCCCAAGGAGGACAAUGGCUAUAAGGUCUACUGGGGGAAUGGUGCGCAGAUCAUCCCUCCACACGACAGCGGAAUCCAGCAAAGCAUCGAGGAGAACCUGGAGCCCUGGGAGGAUGCCUGGGACACGGAGAAGGCCACAGCAGACCCCAGGCUUAGCGAUCCCCUCAAGGAGAUGUCGGGGAAAUACUUCGCCAAGCUCUCGGCCUCCAUGCUGGACAAGGAGAUGAACGCAGCCUCACCGAUCAACUUCACCGUCACGGCCAUGCACGGCGUCUCGCAUGACUAUAUGGUGGAGGCCUUCAGGAUAUGUGGGUUUAAGCCAAUGAUCCCGGUGAAGGAGCAGAUGGUUCCCGACCCAGAAUUCCCGACCGUCAAAUUCCCCAACCCAGAGGAGGGGAAGAGCGCCCUGGACCUCUCCUUCAAGACGGCGAAUGAGAACGACUCCACCGUGAUUCUGGCCAACGAUCCGGACGCUGACAGACUGGCGGUGGCCGAGAAGCAGCCCAGCGGCCAGUGGAAGGUGUUCACAGGCAACGAGGAGGGUGCGCUGCUGGGCUGGUGGAACUGGCAGCGCUGCCGUCGCCUCUCCCCGCACAUCCCCCCCAAGGACUGUUACAUGGUGGCCUCGACUGUCUCCUCCAAGAUCCUGAGGGCCAUCGCCAACAAGGAGGGUUUCAAUUUUGUGGAGACGCUGACGGGCUUCAAGUGGAUGGGCAACGUGUCCCAUGACCUGAUACAGAAGGGCAAGACCGUCCUGUUUGCCUUUGAGGAGGCCAUCGGGUUCAUGAAUGGCUCGGAGGUGUUGGACAAGGAUGGGGUGUCGGCAGCAAUGUACCUUGCUGAGCUGGCGACGCACCUGGCCAAGGAGAACAUGACCCUCACCGACAAGCUACAGGACAUAUACAAGACGUACGGUUAUCAUGUCAGCAACAACUCCUACUACAUCUGCCACGACCAGAACAUCAUCUCCUGUAUGUUCGAGCGGAUGAGGAACUUCUCCGGCAACAGCAAAUACCCGAAGAGAGUGGGUAGCGACCGGUUCCCAAUAACAGCGGUGCGGGACCUUACAACGGGGUAUGACUCGUCUCAGCCCGACCAGCGUGCCGUCCUGCCCGUGUCCAGCUCCAGCCAGAUGAUCACCUUCUCCUUCGACAACGGCUGCGUGCUGACCCUCCGGACCAGCGGCACCGAGCCCAAAAUCAAAUACUACUCAGAGAUGUGCGCCACCCCAGAGCAGAGUGACUGGACAGCUCUCGAGGUUGAACUUGACGAACUGGUGACCUGCGUGGUUGAGGAACUGAUGCAGCCGACCAAGAAUGAGCUGAUUCCUAAGGCUGACUAAGACAUCUGCCCCUCAACCAACCACCCACCCAGUCCUCCAGUCCUUCCCUGUGCCAUGACCACCACCACCACCACCACCAGUAACACCACCACCACCACCAGUAACACCACCAGUACUUGUAUUUUAUUUAGUUUGUCUUUCAUUUCUACUGGUUAUUUUAUUGGUAAGUGUGUUUUUUCUAUUUUUUUCAUCUCCACCACCACCACCACCAGUAACACCACCAGUACUUGUAUUUGAUUUAGUUUGUCUUUCAUUUCUACUGGUUAUGUUAUUGGUAAGUCUGUGUUUUUUCUAGUUUUUUCAUCACAGAUUCAUUGUAUAAGAGACUUGGCAGAUUAACUUUUCACUCCCUUUUCUAAAUCGCUUCAUCUCUUCUAAUUUAUUUUUCCCCUCCGUUGUGUUCAAGAGAAGCAUUUCCGUGGAGAUUCAUUGGAUAAGAGACUUGGCAGAUUAACUAUUUUCCUCCCUGUUCGAAAUUGGUUCAUCUCCUGUAAUUGUUUUUUCCCUCCGUUGUGUUCAAGAGAUGCAGUUCAGCAGAGAUUCAUUGUAUAAGAGACUUAGCAGAUUAACUUUUCACACCCUUUUCUAAGUCGGUUCAUCUCCACUAAUUAUUUUUUCCCUACGUUGUGUUCAAGAGAUGCAGUUCAACAGGGAUUCAUUGUAUAAGAGAUUAACUUUUCACUCCCUUUUCUAAAUCAGUUCAUCUCCACUAAUUAUUUUUUCCCUCUAUUGUGUUCAAGAGAUGCAGCUCAGCAGAGAUUCAUUGUAUAAGAGACUCAUGUUCAUGGUAUUCCUUCAUUUGUUUUGUUAUGUCGAAUUACGAUGACAAUGAAUUUCCUGCUUUAAUUUCGCUUCUUUUCCCAAUGCAGUUUUAAUUAUUUUUUCCCUCCGUUGUGUUCAAGAGAUGCAAUUCCGCAGAGAUUCAUUGUAUAAGAGACUCGUGUUCAUGGUAUUCCUUCAUUUGUUUUGUUAUGGUGAAUUACGAUGACGAUUCGUACUUUAAUUUCGCUUCUUUUCACCAUGCAGUUACGAGGUUCAAUUCCACAUGUGCCAUAGGGAGUGUAUGUGUAUUGGUGUUUGCAUUUUCUCCGCUGGGUGUAGCUGAGGAAUGCUAGCCAUGCAGUUGACAUAUUUGAACCCUGAAAUAGCAUCUGUGUUUGUGUGUGUGUGUGUGUGUGUAAGGUCAUGGUUAAGUCACGUUUUUCAGUAUUAUCAAUUUUGUGUUCAUUUUCUGGGCACCUCAAGACAUGCUGGUCCUCUGUUUGUGAGUGUGUGUGCCUGCAGAAGUAUACCUCAAUUGAAUUAACGCACAGUACGUCGGAAAUUAAAUCACUUUUGUGCUACUUUUUCUGUUAUCAGCUUCAGAGAAAGUCAAUGUUUUUAAGCACGGGCAAGUCGGCUGAAAAGUCUCUAUGUACGGUAAAUGAUAACUUAAGUGUAGAAUAUGUACCUCAAGCAAUGCGUGGCAGGAGGGGGAAGGCUGAAAAGAAGUGGCCUGCUUUUCUGAUAUCAGCUUAACAUGUCCGCUGUGACUGUCACGGAUUUGGCCUUCACUGGUAGCCUGGCAACAUACACUCCCAUGUCUUUCUCUGCCCCUGUGGUGGAUAGUGGAGUGUUUCCCAUGUGGUGUUGGUGUGCUGGAUAUCCCCUCCCAAGCUGCAGGACUUUACAUUUUUCUUCAUUGCAUUGUAGCAGCCACUUUUUGUUCCACUCCUGUAGCUUGGCGAUGUCUUCUUGUAGGAUAUCCGCAGUCAAGGGGUGAAGAGCAAGUCAGUGUUUUCUUUGUUUUGCCGCACCACGUUGGGUCUACAGCCUUACCAUCAUGUUCCUGAGCACACCUAAAGAGAGAGAGAGAGAGAGCAGGUGUUUGGGUCUUUAUGUAGGUUAAGAAGAAUUUGUGUUAUUUCAUUGUAUUGGUGAUUUAGAUUUUGUGAAUGUGUUGGAAUGUGUUUGAACAGUUGUCGUUACCAGAGUUUAGCGUUUCGUUCUCUCCUGUUUUAUAUCUACGAGUAAGAAUUUGUUUGAUCUUUAUUCAUUGAUAUUUAGAUUUUGUGAAUGUGUUGGAAUGUGUUUGAACAGUUGUCAUUACCAGAGUUUAGUGUUUCGUUCUCUCCUUUUUUAUAUCUACGAGUAAGAAUUUUUGCGCAUGUGUUGAAAUGUAUGAUUUGUUAUAUUUAUCAUUAUCAAAGUCUAGUGAUCAAUUUACGUCGCUAUAUAUAAGUAGAAGUAAUUUUAUUUUACUUUCAUAUUAUCAGCCUAUGAAUUUCAUGAGUGUUAAUUUAAGAAUGUGCUUUUUGUUCUAUUUAUAUAUCAUCACCAAAGUUUAUUGUUCUGUUUCAAUUCUUUCUUCAUAUAUGAGUACGUAGGAAUAUAAUUUUUUUCAUAUAUACGUAAGAGUUCAUUUUACUGUAUUUCACUGCUGUUUAAGUUAUGUGACUUUGGAGAAUUUAUGAUUUGCUUUAUUUAUUUAUCAGUGUCACAAAGUUUAGCGUCCUGUUUCAAUUUCUUUCAUAUAUAAGUAUGUAAGAAUAUAUUUUUUUUUUCAUAUAUACAUAAGAGUUCAUUUUACUGUAUUUCACUGGUAUUUAAAUUAUGUGAAUGUGUAAGAAUGUAUGAUUUGCUACACUUAUUUAUCAGUAUCACAAAGUUUAGUGUUCUGUUUCAAUUUUUUUUUAUAUAAGUAUGUAAGAAUUCAUUUUACUGUAUUUCACUGGUAUUUAAAUUAAGUGAAUGUGUAAGAAUGUAUGAUUUGCUACACUUAUUUACCAGUAUCGCAAAGUUUAGCAUUCUAUAUCAAUUUUCUUUAUAUAUAAGUAUGUAAGAAUCCAUGUUAAACUAUACCUCUUACUUUCAUCAAUCUUCUGUUUCAUUUAAGGUGAAACUAAUUUAUACUCUUAAGAAUGACCCACAAACCAAGUCACGUCCUCAGUUUAGCGAAGGGGAAGGAGGAAGGACGAACUUGCAGAAAGACAAAAAUGUAUGCUUAGUUGUGUACAUGUAUAGUCAUCUAAUUGUUUAUAUUUAGCUUAGAUGGUAUAGUGGAGCUGUGUGUGUGUGUGUGUGUGUGUGUGUGUGUGUGUGUGUGAAAACAGUGCCGGGGAGGGAAAAAGAAGGGUGAUUGGAAGGUAGGGGAGGAAGGCAAGUAAAGUUAAGGAAGGGAAGGGAGGAAAAGGACGGUGUGGGAAGUGUGUGUGUGUGUGUGUGUGUGUGUGUGUGUGUGUGUGUGUGUGUGUGUGUGUGUGUGUUGACGUAGGAAGCAGAAGAGUCAUUUUGAGCUGGCAUGAAUCUGUAUCCUUAUUUAAUGUGAUUGGUUUCAGCGUUUAAUCAGUUCAGGAAGAAGGAUGAAAGGACGGAAUCACAUUUAAUCAAUAGCAAAAUAGAUAGAUAAUGAGGCUUGUAUGCCCUUAGAUUAUUUUUGUGCUUGUCAUAAGAAGAAACAUUGCAUUCCAGGCCUCCUAGUACCUAAUUAGACAACUUUUCACCAUUUUAGGAAGCUUAGGAAGAAAGAACAUAAUCACAUUUUAUCAAUAGUGAAAUACAUGGAUUCAGUAAACCCUCGAUAUAACAGAGCGAUUGGGGGGAACCUUAGUCCGUUAAUGCCGAGAGUCUGUUAUAGGCGGCAGGAAUUAAAAAAGAAAUGUAAUAUAAUACUGACGAACCGAAUAAACGCAGUAAUGAAGUUAGCACAUACUUAUAGACCAUCUUUGUGCUUGUGAUCAGAAGACACCUUGCAUUCCAGCUCUCCAAAAACCUAAUUAGACAACUUUUUAUCAGUUUGGGGAGAAAGGUAAAAGGACAUAAUCACAUUUAAACAAUAGUGGAAUAUAUGGAUAAUAAGGUUAGUACAUACCUAUAGACCAUCUUUGUGCUUGUGAUCAGAGGAAACGAUACAUUCCAGCUCUCCAAAAAUCUAAUUAGACUAUUAAUACUAGUAAGAGAAUGUAAUGAAAACUGUUAUGAAAAAAUCUAAGCUAUAAUGAUGACAGAAAGGGAAAAUUGUGUGUAUUUAGAAGAAAAAAAAAACAUUCAGAGAUAAAAAAAUGACAGUAGGAUGAUAAUAUGUAAACCUGCAUAAAGAAAGUCAAGGCUAAUAUCAGUAUAGUAAAAAUAUUGUGACAGUAAGAUGAUGAUAUGAAAACCUGUAUAAAGAAAGUCAAGGCUAAAAUCAAUAUAGUAAAAAAUAUUGUAAUGGUAGAAUAAUAUUAUGAAAACCUGUAUAAAGAAAGUCAAGGUUAAAAUCAAUAUAGUAAAAAAUAUUGUGACGGUAGAAUAAUAUUAUGAAAACCUGCAUAAAGAAAGUCAAGGUUAAAAUCAAUAUAGUAAAAAAUAUUGUGACCAUAGAAUAAUAUUAUGAAAACCUGCAUAAAGAAAGUCAAGGUUAAAAUCAAUAUAGUAAAAAAAAUAUGAGGAAGUGUAGAGAAAAUAAAAAAAAAAUAUAUAUAAUUAUGAUGAGAAUAUAUCUAUAAAUGAAUACAUAAUAAUCAAAUACAGGAUAAGUAAUGAUAAUAAUAAUAAUAAUAAUAAUAGUGAUACCAAUAAAGGAAAAGGUGAUGAUAUUAAUGAUGGUGAUUCAAGGCAAAUAAUGAGAUACUCAGAGAUAGUAAUAUACAGGACAAAAUACUAACAAUAAUACAUGGUAGUUUAUAUUUGAAUGAUGGAUAUAAAACACCAAAGACUUCCCUUAUUUUCGCUUUAAUUUUACUAUAUACCUGUUCACCAAUACUAAUACAGGAAAUAAUAAUAAUAAUAAUAAUAAUAAUAAUAAUAAUGAGUAAUAUAUAUUUGAAUGAUGGAUGCAGAAUACCUUAGAAUUUCCUUUUUUUUAUUUUUUCAUUCACUUUUAACUUUGUUCGUAAGGAAGGAAGGGAGCAAGGAGGAAAUGGAAGGGGUAGGGAGGAUAGGGAGGCAAGGAAAGGCAGGGGAGAUAGGAAGAAAGGGAGGCAAGGGAACAGUAGGGGAGGGAGGAAGGGAUCAAGGAGGAGGAAGUGAAAGGUAGGGAAGGGGUAGGGAGGAUAGGGAGGCAAGGAAAGGAAGGUAGGAAGUAAGGGAGGGAAGGGAAUAGAAGGGAGGGAAGGAAGGAAUAAUAAUCAUAAUAACACAGAACAAAUAACUAAUAAUAAUAAAUAGAGUAAUAUAUAUUUAAAAGAUGGACAUGGAACACCUAAGACUCUCCUCUAUGCAUUUCAUUUCCUAUUUACUCAUUAUUUAUUUCCUCGCCUAUGCGCUGCAGUCUUGCCAACCCCCGCCCCGCCCCGCCCUAUUGAUAUAUAUAACACGUAACACAACUGAUGCAUCCUAUAGCGUCACUCUAUUAUACAUACGUUUAUAGCUCCAUCCUAUAGCGUCACUCUAUUAUACAUACGUCUGUAGCUCCACCCUCGUCUAUUGUUACGCCUAAGAAAGUAUAAUGUUACAGAAGAAUACAUAUUUAAUCGUA